AUGGCUCAGAGGGAGGAAGCCCUGGCUCGGGUAGUGGUCCUCGAGCAGGAGUUGGUCAAGCGGGCAGAAAGUUUUAAAGACCUGACCUUGGAGGCUGAGACAACAAAACUCCAAAAUCAACAUCUCAGCCAAGAGAUCGAGGCUUUGAAGAAGAGAUGCUCAGCCCUGCUUGAGGAUGCUAAGCUGGCUGAAGAUAGGGUUCAGCUGGAGUGUGAGGAGCGCUUGCGGGAAUUUAAGGAGUCAGCCGAACUGAAGAAGGAGAUUGAACAGGCCUGUGAGGUUCGUCUUCAAGCUUACAGGGACUCUUCUGAGUUGAAAGCAGAGAUAGCUGAGGCCUGCCAGGCACGACUUGCCGAGUACAAGGCCUCUGACGAACUGAAGACGGCUAUUUGGCGAAAGGGCUUCCGUAUGUUCGCGUCUGGCUUCAAUCGAGGUUUGAGGGAGGCCAGACAGGCUCCUUCUGCUUCGCUGUCUGAACUCCGAGCCAAAGAGGAAGACUCUGAUGGCGAGGAGGUGCUUUAUAGAGAGGAUGACCUUCCCCUGCCUAAGGAAACUUCUCACACUUCAGCUGGGCCCUCUGAUAAGGACACUGGGCUAGGAGAAAAGGAAGAUAUGGAGGUCCUCGAACCUGAGGAGGACAACUCCAGGCCUCAAGAGGAGGAUGUAGAGCUAGGAGUGGAAGAUGCUGGGCCCCAUGGGCAAGAGAUGAUACUUUAUGCAGGUGAUGGGAGAUCUGAGCAAGAGGGCACCAAACCUCCCCUAAGCAGUAAUGUAAAUACUAAUGUAGAGGGCAAUAGUGUAGAUAGUGAAAUACCUAGGAAUGUAAGCCCUUUGAGGACAAUCUUUCCUCCCAUAAUCUUAGAUGAUUAG